UGUUUGAAGGUGGUCAUAGAGCGAGAGAAAGAGAAAGCGAAAGAGAGAGAGAGCGCGUGAGAGUAGGGGGUUUGUUAGAAGCCGAAUUUACCUUUGCCCCCACCCCAGAUGUCUUACAAAUUCAAUUGAUUAAGAUAGUUUAACAGGUUUUGGAAUCUUUUGGCAGUAUGAAAUGAUGCAGUCAAAAUGGCUUUCCUCCUAAUAUGCUUUCACUUCGUCGCGCAAGUAUUCAGUGAAACUCUGCCAGCUCUGCCACAGGAUGUCCUGUUUGAUAACUGGCAGGUGACGUGGACUUCUGCCUCAGAAGAGAGCACUGUCACUUACACUGUGAGGUACAGCAGCUUUGACUCUGAUCUUUGGAAAGAUGUCCCAACCUGCAAGCAGAUUAAUUUUACUUCGUGUAAGGUCACUUCCAUCAAAGCCGAGGCAGAGCAUGGCUGUGUUAUGCUGGGUGUUCAAGCAGAACGGCGUGGGCUGACUUCAGAUCUAGUCAGAGCCUGUAGCAGACAAGGUACCCUUUGUAGUCCUGAAGUUCGCCUGAGUGCACGCCCUGGUUUCUUCACUGUUUAUUUAAGUAGAAAAAAUGGGAUCGCUCUGGAAGGUGACCACAUAAAACAUAGGAUUUACUUUGGAAAAGAGGGAGAACACUUGGAGAAAUAUGAAGAUGCUGUGUCCUCUGUGUCCAUUAACAAUUUAAAGGAGGGAGAGCGCUACUGUGCAAAAGUGCAGUACACUUACUUUGACCAUCCUGUCGGGCUGUCCAGCUGCACCCAGUGUGAAGUCAUCCCUCAGUCAAUGGCUUCAGCUGUCCUCAGCCCACCCAGAAAUGUCCGUCUAACCUCCAUGAACAUGAAUUUGGUGCUGAGGUGGGAUUCACCUGAGGGGGUAACCGGUGACAUUUUCUACACCACAGAAUGCAAUACCUCUGUCCGAAUAUGUCAUGUAGGUUGUGUCAACAUCUCAACCCUUGAAUGUGACUUCAGCAGCCUGAACACCUUCCUCAGUGUGUAUGGAAGGUAUAAAGCCAGAGUACGGGCACAGCAAGGGGAAAACCACUCUUCUUGGGUGGAAAGUAAACCGAUUACCUUGGAAAGUGAUACUAUGAUUGGUUCACCCAAUGUGUCACUCAUUUCCAAUGGGGCUACAAUUGGAAUUUCAGUUAAAGAUCCAACAUUUUCAAUCUCAGACCUCAGGAGUGUCUAUGGUACUGCCACCUACAACAUCACCUACUGGGAAGAUGGCCAAAAUGAAAAGGCAAAACACAUCAGCAGUGUACUGCAAAAUCAAAUAUUUCUAAAUGACCUGGACCCCGGGACGAAGUAUUGUGUCCAGGUUCAAAUCAUUGCAGAAGGCAACACCAAGCCCAGCGAUCCGAGCAGUACAGUUUGUGAGAGCACCACCAAUGUGAGUGAAGACCUGCCUCCGCCACAGAAAGUCGACUUCCUUACCUUGAACACCAAUUACACACUUAAGUGGGAAUGGAACAGGGCUACUUCAAAGAGUCAAGCUGUUUCUUUCUCUGUACAAUAUAUGUCGAAAUACAAGCUAGAAUCCAAGAAAAGGUACUACUGGUCUAAUGCCUGUGACAAGACGUUUUCCAAGUCAUGUGACCUUACUGCACAUAACCUGCACUAUUUGGGCUUCUACAUGUUGCGUGUGCGCACCAAUGACAACUCCAGUCACUCAGAAUGGGUGCAGAAAGAAUUUUGUCCUGAGAAGCAUGCUGCAAUUGGUCCACCAUCCAAAGUGGAACUGGCUGUUGCUGUAAACAACAUUGAUGUUUUUAUUUCCGAUCCAUUGACCAGUUCAAACCGCUCCAUGAGGCAGAAUCUUAAAAAGUUGUACUACUACAUUGUGUACUGGGAACAUAAUGUAGACAAGCAGGUACUACAACCCCAAAUCAUAAACACAAGUGCUAAGAUGGUAACUUUGCCAGACUUGAACUAUUGGACAUUGUACUGUGUUCGGGUCCAGUCACGUUCUGACCAUCCCGAUAAGAGGAGCAAAUUUAACUUACCAUAUUGCAUUCAGACUGAUGGCCAUACACCUUGGUGGCAAACUGUUAUGUACUUCUUAGGCUCUUUGCUGAUGGCGUGUACAGUUCUGCUGCUCGUCUUGUAUAUUCUCUUUAGGUGUUACAGCAUUUUCAAGGCAACGUUCUAUCCCUUGAUCCAGCUUCCAUCAUUUUUCCAUAAGUAUCCUUAUGACUACUUUGGAUCUGAUAUUCCGUGUCUCUUGUCCAUGGAAUCUGAAGCUGAACUCUUUUGUGAUAGAGUCACUAUAUGUGAAAAGGCAAUAGAUUGUCAUUCCUCAAAAGUUCCACCGACGUCGUCUUUAGGUCUGGAGUCAGCGAGUGGGUCAAGUGGUCUGUACAGCCAUCAGGACAUGAGGAGAAACGAAGACUCUGGGGUUUACUCCACAGAAGGCAGCGAAUGCCAACACCAAAAGCUAAACAGCAGUCAAUCCUCCUUAGUAGCCUGCCAAGGCCCUGAUCUAGAUUCUGUGAAAAUGCAUGACAAAAGGCACAAAAUUCAAUGUGGGAUUACAGUUGAAGAUUUUGUAGACGGGCUUUCCUGAAGCUGUAAAGAAACUCUGAGGUGAAACAAAACUGAUUUCCCAACCAUGUCAUGGCAUGUCAUGUCAAAAUGUGUUCAUACAGUUUUGGAGGGUUUACUUUACUGACAUUAAGGCGUGUUUAUUAUUUGUGGGUUUCCUUUACUGACAUUAAGGUGUGUUUAUUAUUUGUGGAA